AUGUCAGCCCAGUCCACCGUCUACCCCUCCGAAGCUCCCUCCCAGAUCCGCAUCUUCACCCUGAACUGCUGGGGCCUCAAAUACCUCGCCAAAUACCGCCACGAGCGUCUCUCAGAGAUCGGUCGCCAGCUGGCCCUGGCCGACCCUGCACCCGAAAUUGUCGGACUCCAAGAAUGUUGGACACAACAAGAUUACGAGAGCAUCCGUGAGCAGACUCGUCACCUCCUUCCCUAUGGCAAGUUCUACUUCGGCGGCGUGAUGGGCGCGGGGCUCGCCAUUCUCUCGAAAUGGCCCAUUGAAGAGAGCUCCAUGUAUGGCUAUCCGCUAAAUGGACGUCCAACGGCCUUCUUCCGCGGCGACUGGUACGUCGGGAAGGGUGUUGCCUGUGCCCGUGUACGCUUCGGUCCCGGAGCCAGCGACGUCGCCGAAGUGUUCUGCACGCAUCUCCACGCCCCUUACGAGAAGGAACCGAAUGAUUCGUAUAUCUGCCAUCGCACCGCGCAAGCUUGGGAAAUCGCAAAGUUGAUGCGCGGCGCCGCAGAGAGAGGCCACCUUGCCAUUGGACUGGGCGACUUUAAUAUGGUGCCGUCGUCGUUCGCACACCAGCUUAUCCGCGCCCAUAGUCCCGUCCAGGAUGUAUGGCAGGCUAUAUACCCAGACUCGUCCGUGGCCGCCCCCAUCGACCCCAUUGAACAGAAACGAGGCAAACCGACCCCGUCAGCCGAGUUCAACCUCCACGUGAACGGCGCCACAUGCGACGGCAAAUUCAACACCUGGCGCUGGACCAAGGAGGAACGCAAACGGCUAGAGAAGGGGGAGGAGAUCGCUGUCGACAAGGAUGCUCCCUGUCCGAGGGGAAAACGGCUGGAUUAUAUCUUUGUCGGAGACGGCGGAUAUCCGCCUGCCUUCCCUGCGCCCCAAUGGUCCGUCGAGUCCGUCAAUAUCGGCAUGACACAGCGUCAUCCCACGCUCCGUUGCUCGCUGAGCGACCAUUUUGCCGUCGAAGCCACCAUCACCCGCUCUCCGCGUCCCUCUGAAGCGGACAACUUGACAGACAAUAAACUUCGCCAGUCCGUGGUUCCGAAUACAGCCCUAUCUCCAGACACCUAUGAUCGUAUCAUCGACAUGAUUCACACCUAUGUUCAACGCGAACGGUCUCAGCGGCGUUGGCGCCUGGCUCACUUUAUUAUCUCGGUGUUUGUAUCCAUCGGCUGCUUUGUCGGCGUUUGGUGGACGGGUGAUCUGCCGUAUGUGGCGUUCAUCUUGGUUUUGGUCAGUACCUUGAGCUUCGGAGCUGGGAUUCUAGAUGGAUUGAUUGGCGGGCUAUUCAUGUCAAGCGAGCUGCGCGCGCUUAAGGAAUUCGAAUGGGAGGUGCGGAAUGCGAAAGAAUUAGUCGAGAAAAGUGGUGGAACUGGGCAGAAGUUGGAAUGA